UUUUUCUCAGAGCAGUUGAGAGGAACGCCUGCGAAGCUGAAGAGGAGGGCUCAGCCUCUUCCCACCAGCGCGCCGUUCUCUGGGAUUAGGAAAGUCAACUGAUGCUUCCCAGCGCCAGGAUCUCAGCAGCACGGAGCCUCCCGAGGCAGGGAACCGCGACGGCAAAUCCAGCCGGAGCUCCAGGCAGCAGCUGCCUCUCCCCGCGGAUGCCACUUAACCCUGGAUUUAUGCGCGUCCCGCUCCCGAAAUUCGGCUGGAAACCCACCGUGCCCGCCCUGCACGGGCACUGAGCGCUGCCAGCCCGAGCCGGGGCUCCUCUGCUGGAAGAGGCUCUCCCCAACCCCAUGCGGGUUCCCGGCACAUUCCAGGGGCUCCCGGCAGAUUCCCGGAGCUCCCAGCACGUCCCGGCUGACCGGCAGAUGAGCCAGAGCAUCUCCCCAAAGGAGGCGUGCUGGGGGAACCAGGGCCAGGACACGAGGUACCUGUAUGAUUUCUGAUUAAUAUUUCUGGAUGAAUGCCGUAAAUAUGAGCCGAGAAGAUUUAAAAAGGAAACCACCGAGGCGCGCCAGUGAAUUAAUUUGCUUUUAGACAAUAUGUGGCUGGUUUGCAGCCCUUUGCCAGCAGGACCACUAUUCCUUUCCUAUGCCAAAGACUGACCGCGUUCGACUGAGCCCUCCUGCCUGACUUCUGCCGUGGAGGAAAUUCGAGCAAGAACAUGUAUAGUGAAUUGCUGAAUUCAACCAGCGCCACUGAAGCUCACCUGAUCAUCCAGACCAACACUCCCUACCUGGGCAGCACCCCCAGACCCGUGAGCUCCUCCGCCCUUUACAUGUCGACAGCCAGGGUGCUGAAGGAAGGGGAAAUAAAUAAGCCGGACCUGGUGACUUACAUCAUCCUCUUUUUCUUUCUGCUCCUGACCGUGACAUUCAUCGUGCUCUUCAUAAACUGCCAGCUGAAAAACUCUUUCUUUGCCACCCUUCCUUACGACAGAUCGCUCCGGGAGGCGAGGAGCCCGUGGAGGACACAGGCUGUGUGACACUCCCCGUUUCCAGCGGGAGCAGGCACCGGGAUGCCGGUGCCACCAGGAGUUAGUGCCAUGUGCCAGUGAACGGAUGUGACCCCCG